AUGGUGGCCCGUCAGGAAGAUGAGGAAACUCCUCUUUUGCAACGACCAGAGCAGCCAAUGACUACACCUCUGCCCUGGGAUCAAUUAUGGAUCAUACUGUUCUUGCAGUUUUCAGACUCACUUGUUUUCCAGACCCUUGCCCCGUUUACCCCCGAACUGGUUAGAGACAUCGGUGUGACCCGCGGAGACGAAUCCCAGGUUGGACACUACGUCGGCAUUCUGCAAUCAUCGUACUAUACCGCUCAAGCACUGACUAUUCUCCAUUGGAGUCAACUGUCUGAUCAUAUUGGACGGAAGCCUCCGAUACUGACUGCUCUAUUCACGAUAGCGGUUUCGAUGUGCUCGUUUGGGAUGUCGAAAACUUUUCUUGGUCUGUUGAUCAGUCGUGUUUUCUGCGGGGCAUUCAAUGGGAGCAAUGGCGUCAUCAAAAGCAUGGUCAUGGACAUUACUGACACAACCAAUUUGCCGAAGGCAUAUGGCUACAUGCCGCUACCAUGGAUGUUGGCGACUUUCGUUGGACCACUCGUCGGUGGAUCGCUCUCCCGACCAGCAGACAGAUUCCCUGAAAUCUUUGGGCGAUCAGAACUCUUGAAAACCUACCCAUACCUCCUGCCGUGCGCUGUUCCGGCUAUGUUUGCUUCGGUGGCUUGGCUAGUCACGUACUUCAGUUUCAAAGAGGGUGUUUCUUCAAGUGCACCACUUUGGGGGCUGAUUCAAAGAUGGUUCUUGCGACAGUCACAUGCAAAACCUUCCGCACCACAAAGCAAUUCUCUGGCCAGUUCUGGGGUAGCGAACCCUGAAGAAGACCCAUCCAAGCCGCUUCCACUGCGUGCCUUGCUAACUCCAAAGGUCCUGACCGUAGCAGCAAGUUAUGUCACAAUGUCUCUAUUUUACAUGGCAUUCAGCUCGAUCCUACCUGUUUUCUAUGCGACGCCGAUUGAACUCGGUGGUCUGUCCCUCGACCCUCCCCGCAUCGGCGCUAUACUGGCAGUAUCAGGUGUCGCUCAGGGCGUAUUCCAGUUACUUUUCUACGCUCGCCUACAUAAUCGCUUUGGCGCAGGAGCUCUUCAUAUCGCCGGCGUUGUCUCCGGUAUACCUAUCGUCCUCUUAUUCCCAGUUAUCAAUGCGCUCGCCCGAGCCUAUGGCCUAGGAUUGUCAGUGUGGAUAUGCAUUGGCAUUCAACUUUCGCUGGCGACUAGCUUGGUCAUGUGCUAUCCCUGCCUGGCAUUGUUUAUCAGAGCUGCUGCUCCCAAUCGCGCCUCGCUUGGAGCAACCAAUGGAAUCAUUCAGCUGGUUGUAGCAGGAGCAAGGAUUACUGGCCCAGCAUCUGCAGCUUCGAUCUUCUCUUAUUCGGUGCAGGAAGGUCAUGAUACCUGGAUGGUAUACUACUUCCUGAUGGCAAUUGCAUUUCUCGCUGUAGGUACCUCUCUGUUGCUUCCCCGUGAUCCUAGUGUAUGGGAAGAUCACCAAUAG